CGAAAUCAAAAACCGAAACGAAAUCAAAAUUGAAAGGAAGGAGAAGGUCAAUGGCAGAGAGUGUAGGUGUAGGUGGGUUGGGUGUUACAGGUUCAACUCUUCCCUCAUUCUCUUUCACAAGAUCUCACACUCUCACUCCCAACAUCUCCAUAUUCUUUCGCUCUCAAUCUCAUUCCCCUGCUUUCCGUUACUUCACGCGUUACAAUCCCCACCUCUACGCCGCCGUCACUUCCGACUCCAAGGCCACUUCGCUUGACCUGACUCAACCCGAUUUCGAUCAUACCGGUGGCGGUUCCGACGCUAACGGAAACGGUAACGGCUCUGGUGGCGGCGGAGGAGGAGGAGGAGGAGAAGGAGGUGAUAACAGCAAGGGCGAGGAAGGAUCGAGCAGUGACAAGAAGAAAAUGGCUUUGUUAAUGUCCCAGAAAUUCACUCUAGCUUAUGCUGCACUCGUCGGAGUGGGUGGUGUAAUGGGUUUUCUCAAGAGUGGCAGUCAGAAGUCGCUUUUGGCUGGGGGUUUGUCUGCAUCACUGCUAUAUUAUGUAUAUACUGAGCUACCUGGAAGGCCUGUUUUUGCAUCAUCUGUGGGCCUUGGGAUAUCUGCUGCACUUCUAGGGGUGAUGGGUUCACGUUUCAAGAAAUCAGGGAAGGUUUUUCCAGCAGGGGUUGUGUCACUUGUGUCGCUUAUAAUGACUGGUGGUUACUUGCAUGGAAUUAUGCGUAGUGCCCACUAGAUACAAUACAACACAAAUAACGAAGGUGAGUUCUCAGUGUUGUUCAUCAAUGUAGUAAACCUUUGUUGUUAAACAAGGAUGUUUGGCCUCGGUUUACGGCCAUACUUGUUAUUUUCGUCUGUACUUUUAUCGUGUGCACAGUUCUGUCCCAGUUCUAUUUGAACCUAUGCGUAUUUAGUUAUA